GGCUCCUCUGGUAAACUGUAAUGAAUAAUUGUGUCCGAUUGAUUGGCGCAUCCUCUAACAAUGCAUUUAUGUAUUUCCAUUGCGUUCUUCUCUUUAGCCAGUUAUUUUGUAAUAUAACUGAGUCACAACUUGAUGUACGUUUUAGCCACAAAUGUUGUGUCGUCGCCGAGGUGUGACAGCUGCGUUUGCACACACUGACCCGGACUACCAGUAUCUUUGUUAUUGCUGUCUGCUAGCAGUUAGCACUGUGGCUAAGCUAUCUACAGUGUAGAGUAACUAAUUUAUAUCCGCACGAUGACUUUCCACUUUCUCUCUAUCUGGCUAUGAAGUUCGAACAGUGGUGAAUUCAGAAAUAUCCAUGGAUAUGUGUAAAUUCAACCACAAUCAUAAUUUCCAGCUACCAAAAUGUUAUAAUUUAUCAUGGAUUGCUAAAAUAGCUAGCAGGUUGUUACUUCUUCUGUUUUAUUAUCAGAAAAUGUGCUCUAUCGCCACCUACUGUAGUGGAGUGUUUCUACUGAACGAGCAUUUAACCUAGGCUAUAUUAUAUUUAUUCGAAUGGAUAAUAUAAAAUAUAAAUAUAAAAUGUAUAUUUCAUCGAUAGGUUUUAUUAUUCUAAACACUUACCCAGUUCCAGCAUAUGAAAAUGUUAAAAUAUUAGUCAAUACGUUCCAUAUGUUUCCACUGUGUCUGUGGUCCAUUCCCAAGUAAGUACAUUUACAAAUAUAUUUUCAAAUUAAUAUAUGAUUUGUGUAAUGGUUUGGUGUGUUUGAUUUAAACGUGUAAUAUUGUUGCAUUCCCAAACUUAAAUGAUAAAGGAAGACAGUAACUAGCUAGCAUGGUGUAUUGCUGUUUCACAUGUGUAAAUAAAGCUUUACCAUUUUGUAUGACAUGUCAUGCGUAAACCGGUGCACAAGUGGUGAAUUGGUUUUUCGUGAAUUGUGCCGGGAGAAAUUGGCCCGUUUUUCUUUCUCAGUAUUGUUCAUAUAGCAGUAAGCGCCACCCAGGCACGAAGAGAAGAUCUGAGCUGUAAAGAAUAUGCCCAAGAAUAAAGGUAAGGGAGGAAAGAAUCGUCGGCGUGGAAAAAAUGAGAACGAGUCAGAGAAGAGAGAGCUGGUGUUCAAAGAGGACGGGCAGGAAUAUGCUCAGGUGAUUAAGAUGUUGGGUAAUGGGAGGUUGGAAGCCAUGUGUUUUGAUGGCGUUAAGCGGCUCUGCCACAUCCGAGGAAAACUCAGGAAAAAGGUGUGGAUUAACACGUCAGAUAUCAUUCUGUUGGGCCUGAGAGAUUACCAGGACAACAAAGCUGAUGUUAUCCUGAAGUACAAUGCAGACGAGGCCAGGAGUCUGAAGGCCUACGGAGAAUUGCCGGAGCACGCCAAGAUCAACGAGACGGAUACUUUCGGUCCCGGGGAUGAUGAAGACAUCCAGUUUGACGACAUCGGAGAUGAUGACGAGGACAUUGAUGAUAUCUAAGGACCUUCUAGGGGAAGGUGUGAUUUUUACCAUCCGCUCUGAAAAUCAGCACAGGACUUCGAUACUUCUCUACCGGAAUCACUGUACCCUCUGCCCACAUUUGUGGCUGUGUUAAGUAGUGACGACCCCGCCCACACAACAUACUUCAAGGACGUUCAGCCCUCCCACUAACUCAUUGAUAACAUGACUGCAGCUGCUCGCAAUUUCUUGCGGUGUCCUUUUAAUGUAUUUAUAUCGAUUUCAUGUGGAGUGGAAUUUACUUACAAGUAUAGAACCUCUAGAUUUGCAAUAAAAAGAUUAACCAUUUUAUGUUUUGUCCUGCGUUCUGUAUCAUAUUUGCUAGUUAGCAACGUUCUUUAUAUUAGUUAGGAUUAAAUAUGUUUAUUGAUUACGGGAAACUGAUUUCUCCUGAAGAUGCCUCUGUAUCCUUUGGAAUGUUUCUUUAAUUCUAUAUCGUAUUCCGAUUAUGCCAUAUUGCAGUUAGAGAACGUUUUGUUUCUAUUGAUCAAUGCCAAAACGAAGGAUACAUAUCCCCACCUGUUUUUCAACAGUCUGUAUUUUCUUUUGUUUCCCCAUGUGUAUUUUGUCUGUUGGUUUUAUGUUUUGAUCAACUACCGGAGGAGUGUGUCACAAAGCAUCACUCGGUUCAAGGAAGUUAGGCCCACCUUUGAAAAACAUUCAGAUAUAGCUACUACUUUUUGAUUUAUUUCCUAAAAUAAUCUAGAAAAUUGGAUAUUUGUCAAUUAAACCAAUGUCCAUUUCAUGUUAUUUCAGAAUAUUUAGGAAUGUUAAUUGGCUGUUCCUGCUUUGUGACACCCCCCCCCCCCCGGCUGUGGUUUAGAGACUGCUGAGUUCUGUCAGAGGAAAUGGCUACCUCCUAACUAGCCUGGUGGCCCCGUCUGUUGCUGCUGGAGCCAAUUCCUCUGUUCCUUCACUGUCAUGCCAAAGAUGUCAUGUAAGGCUUGGCAACUACAGAGGAGUUGGCUGCAGCUCAUACACAAUGGGACCAGGCUAGCUAAAUAUCACUGAACUGUGUCUUUAACACCAUACACAGCGCUUGAUGUAAUAAGGCAGAUUUUUUUUAUAGGGAUUUCCAAUAAAGAACUUCAUUCCAUGGA